AUGGCACCAGAAAAGCGAUGGACCAAAAGAGUAGUUAGUUUGUUAGUACCAUCGUGGUCUUCUCAACAACCUCAAAGUACGUACUUAAUUUCUAAACCAGGUUCCGCAAGUACGUGGUUGGAAGAUUCCAUAAAAGCGGGUCACAUAAUUUAUUUUGAUUACAGCGAGUUCAAGGUUAUCAAACAAAUCGGAAAAGGUGGUUAUGGUACUGUAGAGUAUGCGGAAUGGAAAAAUACCGAUCAGGAGGUUGCGCUAAAAAGUUUAAAUACCGACGAACCACAAAUCAACGAAGAAUCCUUAAAAGAAUUCGUUAAUGAGCUUGAUCUGCUUCGAAAGGUAUCAUUUCAUCCAAAUAUCAACCGAUUUUAUGGGGUAACAAAAGGAAUACCUCAAGAUUUUGUUAAACUUUAUGAUAGAUGUUGGGAAGAAAAUCCAGAAGAUCGUCCAGACAUUGAGGAAGUAAUAAAUAUAUUGGAAAGCAUUUCUCAAGACACAGCGUCUUUACCUGUUCCAGUGAAAAUCCUUGAAGAGAAAUUGGAAAUAAGAGAAAGCCCUCCCAGCAAUGGAAAUUUAUAUGAUCAGUCAGAUAAUGUAUCGGUACCGCAAACACUAUACACUUCGUCAAUGGAUCAUAGUGAAGUGGACUUGAAUGUUUCAAACAGUGCAGUAUCGACCAUGAAUUCGCAUUCAUCUUCCGAUAACUCAAACAUAACAUUUGAAACAUUUUACGAUGCUACUACAUCGAGCUCAUCAGAAGAGAACACGGAGAGCACGACUAGUCUAUCCGAGCAUUCGGCUCAAGCCUCUGUGUUGCUUGAUGAGAUAACGGGGUUGUAUAUUGAACAAAUAAAAAUUGGCUCCAUAAUAACCAAAAAUAAGUUUGAUCGGUGGAUAGUAGAUCAUAAGGAGAAUUUGGAAAACAUUUUACAUUAUCUCAUUAUAAAUAAAAAUGUCAUUCAACACGGAGAGGUCAUGGUUGGAAAAUUUUUCGAAAGGGGAUUUGGAACUGAAAUGAAUAAAAAAGAAUCCCUCGAUUGUUUUAAAAGGGCAAGUGAAAAGGGUGAUAUAUACGGACAUUAUAAUGUAGGAUAUUGUUACUACCGAGACUUUGGAAAUUAUGAACAAGCGACGGAGUACUUUGAACUUGCAGUUAAAAAAGGAUUACUCAGUAAGGCCAAGUAUAUGUUAGGAAUAAUGAAGAACAAUGGUUACGGCACCGAUAAAGAUGUAUCCACGGCGUUUGCGCUUUUUAAAGAGGCAGCAGAAAAUGGAUACGUACCAGCACAAUAUUGGUUGGCAGUUUUUUAUCUUGAAGGAACCGGAACGAAACAAAAUGAACCAUUGGCUUUGGAGUGGUUUAGGAAGUGUGUCGACAGUGGGGGUUAUGAGGACGCUGAGAAAAAGAUCACUGAUCUAUGUAAACAUUAG